AUGGCCCUAAAAGUCGAGUGUCCUGAUAAUGAUCCUGGCACUUUAACCAUCAUGAUACAUUUACCUUUUCCUUCAUUUUUUCGCUCGGCCUACCUUUACACGAGAGACCAAUCACAACCCAAAAAGCACACUCUGUGGCAGGCAACCACUGACUUCACCGAUGGACAGGCUAGCUUAAAUAAUAUCGUGCACUUGCCCCGGAUUGCUUCCCUUCCGAAAUUUCCAAACUUAUUCGGGAUAGAUGAAGAUGACGAAUACGACUGGCCGAACCACGCGCAAAAUUCACUUAAUUAUUGGCUUAAUUGA